AUGGCGGCGGCGGGCGCGGAGGAGCGGCGCGGCGCGUGGGGCGCGGCGGGCCCCGAGCGCGGCCCCGGCCCCGGCCCGCUGGGCUCGCUGCUGAGCCGGUUGCCGCUGGCGCCGUCCCCGCGGCGGCGGACCGCCAGCCAGUGCAAGCCGGAGCCGCCGCUGCUGCGCACCAGCAAGCGGACCAUCUACACGGCCGGGCGGCCGCCCUGGUACAGCGAGACCGGCGCGCCCGUGGACGAGGCCUUCGUCAUCGGCCUGUGUGGUGGCAGCGCCUCGGGCAAGACGACGGUGGCCACGCGGAUCAUAGAGGCGCUGGAUGUGCCCUGGGUCGUGCUGCUCUCCAUGGACUCCUUCUACAAGGUGCUGGAUGAGGGGCAGCAGGCGCUGGCAGCCCGCAGCGACUACAACUUCGACCACCCCGACGCCUUCGACUUCGAGCUGCUCGUCAGCGUCCUCCGCAAGCUCAAGAAGGGCAAGAGCGUGAAGGUGCCGGUCUACGACUUCACCACGCACAGCCGCCGCCGCGAGUGGAAAACGGUGUACGGGGCCAACGUCAUCGUCUUUGAAGGGAUACUGGCAUUUGCGAACAAGGAGUUGCUGAAGCUCCUGGACAUGAAAGUGUUUGUGGACACGGACUCUGACAUCCGGCUGGUGCGGCGCCUGCAACGCGACAUCAUGGAACGUGGGCGCGACAUCGUGGGUGUCAUCAAGCAAUACAACAAGUUUGUGAAGCCAGCCUUCGAGCAGUACAUCGAGCCCACUGUGCAGGUCGCCGACAUCGUGGUGCCCAGGGGUGGGGAGAACUUUGUGGCCCUGGACCUCAUUGUGCAGCAUGUGCACAGCCAGCUGGAGAAGCGCGAGAUCACUGUCAGGGCAGCUCUGGCCUCUGCCCACCAAGGGCAGCCCCUGCCGAAGACGCUGAGCGUCCUGGAGAACACGCCGCAGGUGCGAGGCAUGCACACCAUCAUCAGGAACAAGGACACAACCAGGGAUGAAUUCAUCUUCUACUCCAAGCGCCUGAUGAGGCUGUUGAUUGAACAUGCCCUCUCCUUCCUGCCACUGAAGUCAGUCACUGUGGAGACGCCCCAGGGGACAACGUACGAAGGAAAGCGGUUCCACAGGCAGAGGAUCACAGGCGUGUCCAUCCUGCGAGCCGGGGAGACCAUGGAGCAGGCCCUUACUGCCGUGUGCAAGGACAUCCGCCUGGGCAAGAUCCUGAUCCAGACCAACCACGACACGGGGGAGCCCGAGCUCCACUACCUGCGCCUCCCCAAGGAGAUCAGCGAGGACUACGUCAUCCUCAUGGACAGCACUGUGUCCACAGGAGCUGCGGCCAUGAUGGCAGUGCGCGUCCUGCUGGAUCACGACGUCCAGGAGGACAGGAUCUUCCUGCUGUCGCUGCUGAUGGCAGAGAUGGGGGUGCACUCCGUGGCCUACGCCUUUCCCCGUGUCCGCAUUAUCACCACUGCUGUGGACAAGAGGAUCAACGAGGAGUUCCACAUCAUCCCGGGCAUCGGUAACUUUGGGGACAGAUACUUCGGCACUGAUGGCCCCUCUGCCUGGUGUGAGAGCGACGGCAUGGACUGCUGAGCUGGCUGGCCAUGGGGCCACCAGCUGGGCUGGCCACAGGGCCCGCUCCCUGCCUUUGCCCCCAGGAGGGGCUCCAAGC